AUGCAAAGUUCAUCCACAGCAGGAGCCUUCCGCUACACAGGUGACACGGGCGAGAAGCCAUACAAGUGUGAUAUCUGCCCUGUGGAGUUCAGCCAGAGCGAGCACCUAAGUUCAUCCACAGCAGGAGCCUCCCGCUACACAGGUGACACGGGCGAGAAGCCAUACAAGUGUGAUAUCUGCCCUGUGGAGUUCAGCCAGAGCGAGCACCUAAGUUCAUCCACAGCAGGAGCCUCCCGCUACACAGGUGACACGGGCGAGAAGCCAUACAAGUGUGAUAUCUGCCCUGUGGAGUUCAGCCAGAGCGAGCACCUAAGUUCAUCCACAGCAGGAGCCUCCCGCUACACAGGUGACACGGGCGAGAAGCCAUACAAGUGUGAUAUCUGCCCUGUGGAGUUCAGCCAGAGCGAGCACCUAAGUUCAUCCACAGCAGGAGCCUCCCGCUACACAGGUGACACGGGCGAGAAGCCAUACAAGUGUGAUAUCUGCCCUGUGGAGUUCAGCCAGAGCGAGCACCUAAGUUCAUCCACAGCAGGAGAUUACCGCUACACAGGUGACACGGGCGAGAAGCCAUACAAGUGUGAUAUCUGCCCUGUGGAGUUCAGCCAGAGGAGGAACCUACAGCGGCACAUGUGGACACAUCCGUGCGAAAUCCAUGCAAGUGUGAUGUCUCCCUUGUGCCAUUCAGCCAGAGCGGGCAGUUGA